CUGGCCAACUGCUGCAGAAUUUGGAAAGCCCCUAUCUUUUAGUCCUCUCUCUCCCACAUCACUCUCUCUCUCUCUCUCUCUCAUUCUCAAUCUCUCUGUUAGCUCUUCUGGGUUGGUUUGGUUUCUCUGCUUCUUUCCUGAGCUGUUUCAUUUGGGCCUUAUUUUGAGCUCUAAUCCAUGACAUCAUUAGCUGGAAGCCACAGAGUUUCCUUGUUUUCUUUCCCCUCUUAGCGUUCUUGAUUUUAGGAAGGUCAGGAUUUUCAGGACUAUAAUUACCUUAAACAAGAUUAUGAUCAAAGAUGCUUAAUUUGCUUCUCAGCUAAGCUACCCUUUUAUAUACAUAUAAUCUCUAUCUCCUUGUAGGGUUUGUGCACUCAUAUAUGUGCUUCUUGCUCUAGCUCCCUCCUUCCUCCUACCCACCAUAUCUUCUCUCUGUUUCUUUUCUUAUCACCCACGCACCAAAAAAAGAAAAAAAAAAAAAGGAGAGAGCUUGAUCUUCAUAAUCCUCAGUAGCUGCGGUUUCACACAUAUUGUUUUUCUGAGCUGGGUUUUUUUCUCCAAUGGAUAUUGAAGACCAAGAGACUCGGUUUCGGCCACGAGCUGGCGAUCAAGAACAACAACCCAACAAGAAAACAAACCAAGAGACAGAGAGCAACAAUGGAGGACUGUUUGCCAAGCUCAAGUUCCCAAAGCCAGAACCUUUAGACCAAGAACGCAAAUACCCUGCUCCUCCUGAAUUCACUCGAAUCUGUGAGGUCUGCAACAAGGGGUUUAGCUCAGGUAAGGCACUUGGAGGUCACAUGAGAAUGCAUGUUCAAGCAAACAGAGAACUGUUUCAGGCUCGCAAGAACAAGAUUCAAAAACCCAACAAGAUUCUGAAGCCCAACAAUUCUGAUGUUAGCAGCUCGAAUGGUGGUGGGGAUUUUGGGGUUGAAGGUAAUAGCAAUAGCAAUAGCAGCAUGAAGCCUGAUUGCUGUGUUUGCGGCAAGAACUUUCCGUCUAUGAAGUCGCUGUUUGGGCACAUGAGAUCACAUCCUGAGAGAGAAUGGAGGGGAAUUCAACCUCCUCCAACAAUAGCCAAGAACAGCUCUUCUUCUACUUUAUCAGAUGCUGUGCCUCAGAAUAACAAUAAAGCUGAUGAUCAUCAGAUUGACUCUGCUGCUACUCCUGUUGGGUCCAAUAAUUCUGCUCCUGAUCUGUCCAAGACUCUGCCUGGUUGGUCUCUCACUGCUAGGAGAGGUAGGAAAAGCAUUGGCUCAUCAGGCAACUCUGAAUCUGUUUCGGGAUUGGAUUUGAGUCCCGGAGUUGAAGAGCAGAUGGAGGAAGCUGUUCAUGAUCUUUUGAUGCUAGCUCAAUCCAAUCCGUGCUUCUAUGGAUUGUCCGAUAAGGGAAAAGGAGCUGAGAUGUGUGAGGCUACUAACAGCAAUUUCUUCAUCACCAACAACAGCAACCAGGCUGAUUACAUCAAGGACAAAAACCAGGUAAUUGAUUAUGAGGGGACCUCAAAGAAGAGAAAGGGAACUGAGAUGUGCUUUCCAUCCAAGAACAUGAAAAGUGAGAAAAAAUGGUUUGAUGAAUAUGAUGGUGUGAAAGGGAAGGGUGUUUUGGGAAUUGGGUUUGGUCCAGAAAAGUCAUCAGUGAAGAAUUUCUUGAAGUUCGGACCAAUGGAGGACAACAAGAACAACAACAUUGAAGAGGAAUUAUCAGACAGUCAGAACUCUGAGAGCAUUGUGCUUGCCAGCAUGAAGAGGAGGAAGAGGAGAAAGAUGAAAUUGGUAGACUUGGAAGGAGUGGUUGGAGAGAUUAUUGGUGCUCAGGGUCAUCAUCAAAGUCUCCAUCAGAAGCUCAGAUACAAAUGCAGUCUUUGUGGCAAGUCUUUCCCAAGUCAUCAAGCGUUGGGCGGCCACAUGUCCAGCCAUAACAAGCUCAAGAACAACAACAACAACAACAUCAUGAACCAUUCAUCUUUGGAUGAUCAAUCUGCCUCUGCUGAUGUGUCAGCUGCUGAAGGUGGGCAUAAUCUUGAUGAAGCACAAACAACCAUGGCACUUGAUCAAGAUCAUCAUGUGGCUGGUGCUGGCUCUGGCUCAGGAGCAGGAGGACUAGGAGCUCAUCAAGCUCAUCAAGCUCAUCACCAAUGCAAAAUCUGCAACAAGAUUUUUCCAACAGGUCAGGCCUUAGGGGGUCACAAGAGGUGCCAUUGGACUGGGCCCACUGAGCAGCUGCUACCUCAGUCCAGUCAGGUAGCUUCACCAGGUGAAGCAAGCCAAAACGCAGGUCGUAAAGUUCUCAACUUUGAUCUCAAUGAGCUUCCAGCUAUGGAGUGUGAAGAAGGUACAGAUCAGUAUGGGGCAGCUGGAUAUGCAACUUCUUCUCACAAUUCAGCUACUUAGUCAGCUGAAGCUGAGAUUUUUUCUUCCGAGUCUCUGAGUCUCUUUGGUGACGGUUUUAGGAUCACUCUUUUGCAGAGGUCAGUAGCAGCUCUGUUUUUGGUUUUCUGAUAGUUGAGUUAGUUUUGUCUGGUAGUGUAGUUUUUGCAGCAGUGAAAGGCACUUGCAUUAGAAACCCUAUGUAGUUUCCACAUUGCUCAAAGUGGGGUCAUAGGCUCCUUGUCUUUUUAUGCUAAUUUUCUUCAUGUAAAGCAUGAAUGAUGGUGCUCAAGGGUUUUCGCUUUAGUGAAGGAGGUUUCCAAAUGGUCCUAGUGUUUUUACUUUGGGAUGGAGAUCAUGUAAAGAUUCUGCAAUUCUG